AUGGCGUCUCUCGCCGCUUUCGCUCCCUCCCUCGCGGCCCUCAGGCCCAAGGCGGCCAAGACCUCCAAGGUCUCCAAGGCGGUGGUGGCCGAGAGGCGCACCGAGACUGUCGUCCCUGCGAUUAGCACCAGGCGCGCGCUCCUGGGCGGCGCGGUGAGCGCGGCGAUGACUCUCGCGAUGUCCCCCGGCCCCGCGGCCGCGAAGGACGGCAAGAACGGCGUGUACUGGAUCGAGCCGAAGGACGGCGCGACCGUGGCGCAGGAGUUCAAGGUGAAGAUGGGCGUCAUCGGAUACGAGCUGGCGCCCGCGAGCGAGGGCCUGCAGGAGGGGACCGGCCACCACCACAUCGUCGUGGACCAGGAGGGGGGAUACGUCGACAAGGGAGUCGAGAUUCCCUUCGACGCCACCCACCUGCACUUCGGUAAGGCGCAGAAGGAGGGCACGGUGAAGCUCGAGCCCGGGACGCACACCCUCACGCUCCAGUUCGCCGACGCCAAGCACCGAUCUUUCGGGAAGAAAUUUGCUAAAACCAUCACCGUGAACGUCGAGUGA